UGGUAACAAAAUUCCACAAGUAUCCCUCUUGUCAAAAUCUCGUAGUCAAAAUUAAUUGGAAUCAUUUUCAGAGGUACGAUUUACAUAGACUGUAGACAGGUCGAAGAAUCUGAGAAAAUUGUAACUGACAAAAAAUCGAGAUUUUUAAGAAAAUAUUAACUUAAAUAGGUGAUUUGAGCGAAUGGAUCUAAAAUAAUAAAUUUCUGUUGGAAUUAUUUUUUGUGUGAUUACAAUUUUUAUUAAUUUGACUGUAUACACACGAUCUUAAAAUGUUCUUAAGCACGUGUUCCGGGUGCGUUGAAGUGCCGACCCCGAUUUACUACUGGAACCCGUAUGUCGCACAUGCGUACUCAAAAAAUUCAGCGUUCCAAAUCGCCAAUAUUUUACAACUGUCGCAAACGGCGACGGAUACUUCAAAACACGAUAAAAGGUCGUCUACAGAACAUUUGCGCCAACGUCGGCAUUACGGCAGACACGAGUACUUGUACGAACGGAAAAAGUGUGAGACUGAAACGCACAGAGAUUUAAAUAGAUUUGAAGAUUCACGUUCGAAUCGUGCUCUAGACUUUUCCAGAAAGAAUGGGGAUAAAUGCACAUUGCCUUCAGCUCUGGAGCCGCUUCAAGCUCUGUGCAGUGAAGGACCUCGCGGAUACCGAAGUUCAAGUCCAGCAGCAACCAAAGGGUCGCAUUGCAAACAACCAUCACCAACGCCGGCACGAGAUCUAAAAUUUGGAAUCAGCCAAAUUUUGUCAGAAGAUUUUGGAAAGGAGAAGAGCGACAAAGAAAAUUCUCCAGGAAACGAUGACAGUGAAACAUACAGAUCACGGCGGGCCUGUGAAUGCACGUACGACGGCUGUAACCUAUAUAGAGAACACAUGCGGUACCCGGCUCACGCGCUAUCUGCUGUGCACGCCCUUCAACCUCCCAGAUACCCUACCUCCCCUACCGGCACAGAUGUUCUCCCUGGUCCUUAUUCCGUACUAAAUACUGACGUCAACGUGGGCUCACAGUCGAAGAGGAAGCGCUCGUGGUCACGUGCAGUGUUCUCAAAUCUGCAACGAAAAGGUCUUGAGAAAAGAUUUGAGGUGCAGAAGUACGUUACCAAACCAGACAGACGACAGCUAGCCGCCAUGCUCGGCCUUACGGACGCACAGGUAAAGGUCUGGUUCCAGAAUCGUCGUAUGAAAUGGCGACACGCCCAACAGCAAAUCAACGCGGAGGAAGAGUCUAGCGAUCACGUAGCAGACGACAAAAUGUCUCCUAUCAAUGAAGACGGAAACAGUCCGAAAAGUGUACCCAUGGUGACCGGAAAUGAAAACAUUUUAGAAAAUCACGAAGAAAAUCUAGAUUCCAGAGAUUUAUCUUCCUCGUCCGAGGAUGAGGACAUAACUGUAAUUGACAUAAAGGAAGAUAUUCCCUAUAACAAAUCUCAUGGGACAACUGAUGAUUGAAAAAGGAAACUUACAUCGCUGACAGGGAGCAUAUUCUUUUCGAACCUUACAAAUCGUACAGCAAAGAAAAAAAAUCGAUAAAUUGUGCCUUGAUUUUCAUGAAAAAAAAAACCUGGCUAUUAAUUAGUUCAUCAUAACAAAACGACUGUAGCAAAUAAAAGUAGAAUUCA